CAAUUCAAUUCUAAAAAAAAGGGGAAAACAACCCCUCCUCCAUCGCCAUCGUCAAAAGUUGUCUGGUCGCAGACGCAUCUCUUCUUUCCCGUUUCCCUGUUCUCUGCAACCCUAGAGAGGACGUAUCCGAACUGUGUAAUCCAGGCUAGUCAUCAUGGAACGCGUCCCGCGUAGAGGUCAAAGUGGCCUUUUCGAAGGCAUCUACAAGGUUUUCAUGCGCCGUACCUCUGUCUAUGCCACCUUCGUCCUCGCCGGUGCUUUUUUCGGAGAAAGGGCUGUGGAUUAUGGAGUUCAUAAGCUGUGGGAGUACAACAAUGUUGGGAAACGCUAUGAAGACAUUUCAGUUUUGGGACAAAGACCAGCAGAAUGAGGGCGGCUGAGUUCCCGUCCGUGGCUGUUUGGAUUUCCCAUAUUUGAUGAUUUUGGGAGUAAAACCAUGAUGUUACCAGAGUAGCAAUAAGUGUACUUUUAUGGUGGUUAAAACCAGACUUGAACGAACGUCCACUGUUUUUCCUUCUUUUAUUGCCGAUUUUUGGGGCUGUAUGCACUAACAGUUAAUUAACUCGGAACAUUUGCUAUUUGUUUUGUGUAGUUUUCUCUAUUUCAAAUUUCCUUCAACGAAAGUGAAAGUAGUAAGGAUAAUUUGAUCUUUACAAUUAGUUAUUUAUUUCAUAUAAAAAAUAUCAAUUCCAG